GCUGUCCCAGCCGUGUCCCCUCCAGCCCCUUGGGCAGCCCAGCACUCGCUGGUGGGGCAGCAGAGGAGCAGGAACGGCCUUGGCUCUGCAAGCACUGCUCAGCAGUAAGGGAAACAUCCGCUGUCUUAUCAACUUUAUUCUCACACUAAAUCCAAAACACAGCACUAUACCAGCUACUAGGAAGAAAAACAAGUCUAUUCCAGCUGAAACCAGGACUGUGGAAAGAAGGGAAAUGUCUCCUGCAAGCCCUCCUCUUCCCAGCAAGGAGACUGCAUCUCAGCUAGAGGCAGGUGCAAGCUCUCUGUCCCCAGGCAGCAGAAAGGCUACACCUGUGUGGAGUCUGAACUGGCUCCUAUAUAAUCCUCCCCGGGCAGCCAAAGAGCAGGCUUGUGGUGCCAGAGAGAAGAUGGGGCUCUUUGUGGAGCAGCAGUGCUUGAGUGCCUCACGGAUGUGGUUGCUGCUCCUGUUUGUUUUUUUGCUGCCCUUAGCCACUUGUGCUGAUGGCCUGGGGGAUCAGGAUCUCUUGGAGAGUGUGACUUGCCAUAGGGACAGGGUGGAAGUUGAGUUUUCCAGAGAGCUUGGCAACUAUUCCUGGCACGUGUGUAUUGUUGACAUGAAUGGUGAGGAGAUGGUGUCCUGUAACCACACUGUGGAUUACGAGAGGCUGUUGCUUAGUGUCCCAUUUGUCAACUGUACUGAUCUGGAGCAUGAGCAGCACCAGCUAAGAUUGAGGCUGAUGGUGAAUGACACAGUGGAAGAGGAGACGAAUGUAACCUACAGUGCUCACUGCAAUAGUGUUCAUGCAGAUGAAAUCGUUACUCCUUUGUUUGUUGGUGCAACAAACUGCUUAAAAGACUUUAUGGUAGUCACUUUCCCAGGACUCAUUCCAAGCCUCAGUGAUGAGCAUACGGUUCCAGCAACUCCAAUGACCUGGACUCUGUCAAUUGAUGAUGGAACAAGAGUACAUCAGCUGAAUCCUGAACAAGCCAUGCAGCAAGGAUAUAAAUAUCUAGCUGAUGGCCCCAACCUCAUCUUUCAGGUGGCCUUCACUGCCACUGGAGUUGUUUCCUACAAGCACAACGAUAAGGUACUCCACACUGUGGCACUCGAGCUCACAUAUGGCCCUCCUGAACACAGACUGUCUGUGGAGUCAAGAAUGCUUUGUGCACCAGGGCCAGCAAUCUGUAAUGCCACGCACAUGACUGUUGCCAUCCCAGCCUUCCCAGGGACCCUUAGGGCUGUGGGUGUAGAGGAUAAGACCAUCCCCAUGGACCAGCUUCAAGAAAAUGGGAUUGCCCUGGACACAAAGAGAGGGGUCCAGCUGCAUAUUAGCAGGAGUGUCCUGAAGUCCAGGCUACAAGGAGAGAGUUGCUCAGGACUUCAGUCCUACAUGUCCUCUUUAGAACUGGUUUUUCACUUCCAUGGGGAGAAUGUGUUGAUGGUGAUGCAUCCAGAAUGCCCCUGUGACCAGCAUGCACCAAUAGCUGCAGUGUGCACCCAGGAUGGGUACAUGGAUUUUGAAAUCCUUGCUGAUGCUACUACACCACCAUUAGACUUGGAUACACUUAGGCUCAGAGAUCCUGUGUGCCAGCCAGCCUUUAAAUCACCUUUGAGUGAUAGAGUUUGGUUUCAUGUCCCACUGAAUGGGUGUGGGACAAGGUAUUGGUUUGAUGGGGACAAGAUAGUUUAUGAGAAUGAGGUGAGGGCAUUAUGGACAGACCUUCCGCUGCGCAGGAUCUCCAGGGACAGUGAACUCAGGCUAACAAUCCUCUGCUCCUUCAGCAAUGGUGAUGCUUCCCUCUCUAUAAGGGUGGACAACCUUCCUCCUCCAGCUUCUUCAAGGAAUCAAGGUUCCCUCUCCUUAGUUCUUCUAAGCUACCCAGAGGUGUCAUACAGGCAGCCAUAUCGUGAUGACCAGUACCCAAUAGUAAGGUAUCUACGCCAGUCCAUCUUCCUGGAAGUUCAGGUCCUGAACCGCAAUGACCCCAAUCUUCAUUUGGUAUUGGAUGACUGUUGGGCAACAGCUUCGCAAGAUCCAAGCUCACUUCCCCAGUGGAAUAUUGUUGUUGAUGGGUGUGAGUAUGACCUGGACAGCUACAAGACUGUGUUUCAUCCUGUGGGUCAUGGUGUCAGCUAUGCUAACUAUCGCCAGAGGCUGGAAGUGAAGACUUUUGCCUUUGCUUCUGGUGACAAAACCCUCCCUGGCCUUGUAUACUUCCACUGCAGCAGUCUAAUCUGUGACCGUUUUCAACCCGACUCGCCUCUGUGUGUGAUAAGGUGCCCUAGAUCAUCUAGAAGCAAGCGAGAGAGUGGGAUGCCAGAUGUGAACUCUGCAGUGGCGAGCUUGUGGGGUCCUGUCCUCUUUGUGCCAGAGGGAUGGUCUUCAACCCAAGAGAGCACUUUCUUGAGCAAGGAAGCAUGGGCUAUCAUUACAGUGACUGCUGUUGUCAUUCUCUCUCUGCUGGCCACAACGCUACUCUUCCUGGCUUUUCGUAAGUGCCUUCGGAGAAAAGCAUCCACGGUAAAUGUAAUGCAUUAGUGCAUAUUUUACAAAUAAACUUGGAUUGAAAUGUGACUCAAAGGCCUGUGUGGGGCUCUAGAUUUAUUGCUGUAGAGUGUUUAAGGCCCUAGACUGGAGAAAGAUAAGUCUGCUGAACAGUGGCUCUGCUCUUAAGGUCUUUGGUCAAUUUUCUAACU